AUGUCUGGUAGAGGUAGAGGAUCUAGAAGCACUAACGAUCCUAUGGAGCGCAUAGCUCAAAUGCUGGAAGCCUUAGUGCAUAAUCAAGGCGGAGAGUCGGCUGAAUACCGAGGAUUGUCUGCCUUCACUAGGCAUGAUCCUCCGAAGUUUGAGGGAGGGUUCAACCCCGAAGGAGCCCAAAGGUGGGUGGCUGAUGUAGAGAAAGUCUUUAAUGCCAUGGGGUGUCGUGAGGAGCACAAGGUGGCCUAUGCCAUUUACUUGUUGUGUGGCGAGGCAAAAGACUGGUGGAGAUUUGCCGGUCAGACUUUGCCACAAGAAGGUGGCUACAUCCAAUGGGAAACCUUCAAUGCAAUCUUUCUAGGGAAUUACUUUCCCUGA